UUUUACUUUACCAAAGUAAGUUAAAUCUUUAUUAGUUGAACGUAAUUCUGCAAACUGAAACACACAUUAUUAUUACCUACCUAUAAUGAGUUUGGGCACCCCUUGGCAAUAUUUUACUAAAAUACUCAUUUGUAUAUAAUUGCAUCAUAGUUGCAUUUGAAGUUGGCAUCAAUUUAAUUCCUGAUGAAAUUGUCAUUUUCUACGUCUAGACCGGCCUUAAAAUUAUACUUUUGUUGAGAGUACAUUUUCGAACGUACUGCUGUCAAAUGAAGUGUCAAAUCAAAUUUUAGAGGUUAUGUUUGUAAUUUACGAUUGUUUUGUGGUCAACAAAUAAUUACACUGUUGUGGAUUUAUACCAGUGAUUUACAUAAAGGUUAUUUACCUUGGUACAAUUGCCACUGAGAUGACUAUACCUUUUAAAGGCCUGUACUUGGAUCAGGUUUUUGCCCAAUAAAAAACUGGUUUAGUUCGUUACUAUCGAUACCUAGGUGAAAAUGUCUCGUUUUUUUUUCUAAAUACCUGCUUAAAUCAAAGAUUGACAUGUAUUAAAGGGCAACUCAGAAGAACACACUAAGUUAAUAAGAAAAAAAAUUAUAUGCCUUUCUCCAAACUUGUAAGUAUCCAUAAGUACUACUACAUCCCAGCACAGCUAAUGUAGGUGUAGCUUUUGUAUAAGGAGUACAAAUAUUUAUACAUGUCAAACAAACAACUGGUCCAGUUCUUAUGAUACACAAGAGACUAAUCCUUGUUUGACAGAGCCUGGCGUUUAAAAGGAAAAGUCCUUUAAUAUGGACUCUAUAAAAGAAUUGGCAAAUCCUAAGCCAGAAUUUAUAUUUGUAAAGGUAGAGCCCUUUAGCGACGACAAUAGUCCAUCAAGCCAUGCCAUUACGGAGACAAGUUGUUAUGGCUGUGGCAUUAAAGAAGACGCAAAACCCAUACUUGUGAAGACUGAGUCCUUGUGCGAGAUUACUUACCCUUCUACAAGUGAGGCGUCUUACAUAAAUGCCCAUAACGCGAAGGAAGCGACAGAUAUUGUAACACCGCCUGGAGUACAAGUAAAAAAGGAGAUAGAAGAUGUGUGUGAGAGUGAGACAACUGCGUUGGAUAAGCUUUAUGAGCAUCAUGAGGUGAAGGAGGAGGUUAUAGUGAGCCCUGUAACACUUCAACGGACUUGUACUGCCCCUGCACUGUCAGUGCCACAGACCAAACCAGAGGAAACAGUGUCAGAAGAGAACUCACACCCAGUCAAGCCGGAAUUGCUUCAAAUAAAUAAUAGUUAUCCAAAUUUCUCGUGUCAACAAUGUGACUUCACAACAGACAGUCAGAAGAGAUUGAGGAUGCAUGUAAAUACUUCACAUACUACAAAAAUGAUUUACAACUGCAGUCAAUGCAGUUACUCUACUCCUAAUACAAAAUAUUUAAAAUCUCAUCAAAUGAUACACAGCGGUGAAAAGCGUUUUAAAUGUAGCUCUUGUGAUUAUGCUGGUCUCAGAAAAGCAGAUUUAAAAAAGCACGAGUUCAUUCACACUGGUGAAAAACCUUUUAGUUGUAACAUGUGUAAUUAUCGGUGCAAUCGGAAAGAAAGCUUAGCGUUCCACGAGAGGGUCCACACAGGAAACAAGCCUUACCAGUGUAACCAAUGCGAGUACAACUGUAAUCGCAAAGAUAGCCUAUUAAGACAUCAGCUGCUACACGCCAGUAAAAAACCGUUUGAAUGUCUCCUCUGCGAUUACAAAACGUACCAAAGAGCAAGCUUGCAUAUCCACCAAAGAAUUCACACUGGGGAGAUGAGUUUUGCAUGCAGCUACUGCGAUUUUAAAUGUAGGCACAGGUUCACGCUACUGACUCAUGAGAUGAUACACACCGGGCAGAAACCAUACGAGUGUAACAGCUGCGACUACAAGUGCAGACGGAAAUCAGAUUUGCUUAAACAUAAGACAAAACAUUCCAAAGACAAGCCUGUCAAAUGCAGCGACUGUGAAUAUAUAUGUCGACAUAAAGCAGACUUACAAAAGCACAAGAAGAUACACACUGGUGAAAAACCAUUUCAAUGUAAGCAGUGCGACUACAAAUGUAGACUUAACGCUGAUUUUCGAAAACAUCAGGCAUUACACAUGGAGGCACAGUUGUUAAAAUGUGACCAUUGCAAUUAUGACACGCUGUAUAAAUACGCUUUAAGAAGACACCUGAAUACAUUGCACUUAGAUUUAGUAAAUUAAUUCUUAAUGCACUAAAAUAACUUAUUAUUUAUAUCACGCCAGUAGUGGUUAAAUUAUUAAAUAAAUAUAAUUAUGUC